AUGAUCGAUGGGGACAACGACGACAACAAACCUACGCCACCUAGCGAAUUGGGACACCGAUGGAAGGCAGAAGCGGAUCAAAAACUGGCGGCGGCAACGGGACCACAAGAACGACGCUCGAUCCAGGCUGGGGCAACCUCAGCGUACCAGAGAUCCCGAUCGGAGGAACACAAGGAAGUUCGACUAGAGGAAAUCCACCGAGUGAAACUUCCAGGGAACACAGGGAUGAUGAGUGGAGGCUUUGGUGCGAGCCAGAUAGGUUGGGUUGGCCAAAUAGGUGGCGGAACGGGUCUGGUCGGGCCGGGCUUGGGAGGAAUAAAUGGGUUGGGUUUGCCCAAUUACUAUGGGCCGCCAGGGUUCAUCCCAAGUGGGAAUGUCAGCCAAUGCAAGGCCGGAGCAUCAACUGUGGGGCCGCUUCCAAGCAUGAGUGGGCCAGAAACUGGCUUCGACACAAGUCAGAGGCCACUGGGAAGCAUGACAAGUGGAGCAGACUUCGCGACCAUCUGGGUCGGGGCUGUGGAUGCAAGGAACAGCCCAACAGGAUUGGGCCUCUACAAGAGCCAAUUGUCGAAUGGCGUACUGGGCCUCACCCCCAACUAG